AUGGCGGGCACUCACAGCAAGGAGAGCUUCUUCGAGUCUCUGGAGCAGCUGGAUGAACAGGAUAAAUCAGACGAUCAAGACCAGCAAGACGAAAAUUACGAGCUUCUUUUCCAUCCAAAAUACAAGGAAUCAGCUUCGGUUGUGCCUGCUCCGGUUGCAAAAAGAAUCUCACUUCCUCGAGCAAAGUCGGAUCCUCAACCUUCCCCCAGCACUCAUCAAUAUAAAGACAGCACGUUGCCAAAUGACUCGAAACCUGCUGCUCUGAUCAGACAUCAAACUACUGGCUGCAUGCCUGCCACUAAGUCUGGGGGUCCUCCCCUGAAGAAGAGGAGGAAUAACAACGCAAAGUUUAUACCGGAAGAUCAGCAGAUCUUCAAAGACUUGGUCUUUUACUUUUUCCCAAACAAUGAUGUCUCCCCAGUGCGAAGACUCCGUAUUCAACGAGCCCAAGAAUACGGAGCCACAUGGAGUCGAGCAUGGGGGAAAGCCGUGACACAUGUGAUUGUCGACAAAGAACUGCUUCUUACUGACCUUUUAGGCUCUAUUAAGCUCGAUGCUUUACCAACAACGGUGGUCCUUGUGAAUGAAUCCUAUCCUUCAGACUGCAUCCAGUUUCGCUCAGUAUUGAAUCCGUUGCAGCUGCGUUUCAGGGUCAAUGGAGUCCCGAAGCUUACCAUAGAGGAGAAAAGACAGGGACAGAAGCAGUCACAUGUUGUGAGGGAGUCAGUUUCAGCGAUUGAUCUACCGUUGAAGCCCUCGCGCCGGGAACAAGCCCUAUAUCCGGAAUCGUCUCAGCCUCGAUUCGAGGAAAGUAUACAAGCAGUGACAGCCAGUUCUGUUGAAGAACCUGCUGGCGAAGAGAUGCAUAUCAGGAAUCUCCGGGAGCGUGACGCCUUGGAUGACAUUAUCGACGAGGCAAAAGCAACUAGUCAUCUGCCCUUGGACCCGCUAGAAUUUCUGGACGAUAAUCAUACUACCACAUCGAGUGAUGAAACCUCAAGUGGUACAGAUUCAGACCACGAACUACAGUCACCAAAAGAGUCUCAGGGAAAGGACAAAUCAGACUGGACAAAGAACUUCUCAUGUAUGCAGAAGUAUGACCCCGGUGGGAAGCUCGACAAUCCAAAUCACCGGACCAUUGAAGUACUUCAGCAGAUGCUGGACUACUAUACCCAAACAGCAGAUCAUUGGCGAAGUCUCGGCUACCGUAAAGCAAUCAUUGCUUUGAGAAAGCAACCAAAGAAGAUUUCCACGCGAACACAAGCGCGAGCCCUCCCUGGAAUUGGCGAGCGACUAGCGGACAAGAUUGAAGAAAUUGUCUUGACCAACCGUCUUCGUCGCUUGGAAAACACAAACGAAACUCCGGAAGACCGGCUCAUCCAGAAAUUCCUCGGCGUCUAUGGUGCUGGUCUCACCCAGGCGUCCAAAUGGGUGGCGCAGGGCUAUAUGUCUUUAGCUGAUCUGCUCGAGAGGGCCCCUUUGAGCAAACAGCAACGCAUCGGGGUAGAGCGAUAUCAUGACUUUUCUCAACGCAUCCCUCGCAAGGAGGUGGAAGCUCAUGGCGCAAUUGUGCGAAAGGCGGUGCAAACCGAGGACAGGGAUAUGCAGGUGAUCAUCUCGGGCUCUUACCGCCGCGGGGCAGCAACCUGCGGGGACAUUGACUGUCUGAUAACCAAGCCUGGGACCACGCUGGACCAGAUCCGCUCAGUCAUGCUUGGACUCGUCGUUCCCAAGUUGUUCCGCUGUGGAUUCCUGCAGGCCAGCCUUGCCCUGUCGUCGCAAAAUGAUGGGUCUAAAUGGCAUGGUGCGUCGAAAAUACCUGGCAGCAACUUGUGGCGUCGAAUAGAUCUGUUGUUCGUUCCUGAUUCUGAGAUCGGGGCGGCGUUGCUGUACUUCACUGGCAAUGAUAUCUUCAACCGAAGUAUGAGGUUAUUGGCACGGAAAAAGGGCAUGUGCUUGAAUCAAAAGGGACUAUUUGCCGAUGUCCUUCGCACGCAGCAAGCCAAACUAAAUGCAGGUAGAUUGAUUGAGAGUCGCAAUGAGCGUCGAAUAUUUGAAGUGCUUGGUGUACCCUGGCGGCCUCCCGAGCACCGGAUCUGUUGA